AUGGCUCUCCGAAUUCCAAAAAAGCAAAAGGCGCAAGAAGAAAUGCGCCGAUUGAUGGCUGAGCGAAAAAAGAAAAAUUUGGCACCAACUAAAAUAGAUAACCCUCUUGCAAAAUACAACAGUAGUGGGCAGUUAAUGUGCAUACUUUGUAGUUCAAUAGUACGGUCGGAGCAAGUGUGGCCAGUACACAUAAACAGUAAACAACACAGAGAAAAUGUCGAGAAAGCCAAGAAGUUAAAAGAAUUAACUAACAACUUUACAGUUGGAAAGAUCAAACACAAAAGUACUAGUCUUCCAGAAAGUGCUCCUCCUGAAAAAAAAAUAAAAGGAAUAUUAAAAAACGCUAGUGUUGUUCCUUUGGUUGUCCAAGCCCCUAAAAAUAAUGCACCACAAGUAAUUUCAUACCAUAAUGAGGAAAUUAAAAGGACACCUUUAAAUAUUGGUGUUAUUGUAAAAAAAGAAGUAAUACAACCUACAGCUUCUGAUGCUACGGACAUAGUAGUACCAACAUCUGAACAGCCCAUACCUGAGGGGUUCUUCGAUGAUCCUAUCUUAGAUGCUAAGGUUCGAAAUAUCGAAUACAAAGAUCCGGUUGAAGAAGAAUGGGAAAAAUUUCAAAAAGAGAUAAAAGAGGAGGCUACCGCAUCUGCAGAAAUAAUUGCUGGUGAACAAGAAGAGGCAACGGCCGAACGACAAAUCGAGGAAAUUGAUGAACAAAUAAGAAUUUGGUCCAAAGUAUUGGACUUUGAAUUAAAAAAAGAAGAAACUAAAAAAAGCAAACAAGACACAGAGCAAAUGAGUGAAGACGAAGAAGGUGAAUCAGAAAAUGACGACGAUAUUCAUGAGUUUUUGGAUUGGCGAGCAAAAAAAUCAUAUUCUUAA